CAGUAAACACAGCAAUGUGUCCCAAACUUCAAGAAAAGUGAGGAGAAUCGUCCGCCAGCGAAACACCCGAGAUGCGUCCACAUUUCAGCUGAGAGCACUGGAAGAGCGAAAUACGAGAGGAAAGGACGUUUCCGGGAGGCGGAGUUGGAUUUCUGCGAGGCAAGGGAAAGGGUGUCCUGCAAGGCAAAGGGUGUCCUGCGAGGCAAAGGGUGUCCUGCGAGGCAAAGGGUGUCCUGCGAGGCGAAGGGUGUCCUGCGAGGCGAAGGGAAGACUCGCCCCCAGAGGCAUGGCCGAGCGAGAGGAGAAGGGCGGGGGUUCGUCCUCUAAGAAACCUGGGCUGGUUUCUUUCCUCACGGGGAAGCCCAUCAAGAUCCCCGAGAACCAUUUGUUUGGAAAGUGCCGUUUUGUUGGGGAAUUUGAGAAGCUUAAUCGUAUAGGAGAAGGAACAUAUGGAGUAGUCUACCGGGCAAGGGAUACCAAGACUAAUGAAAUUGUUGCAUUAAAGAAGAUGCGAAUGGAGAAAGAAAAAGAUGGAAUGCCAAUAUCAGGACUGAGAGAAAUUAUGCUUCUGCAGUCUUGCAAUCAUCCAAACACUGUUUGUUUAAAGGAGGUGGUAGUUGGAAGAAGCUUAGAAAGCAUAUUCCUUGUGAUGGAAUACUGUGAACAGGAUUUGGCCAGCUUGCUUGACAAUAUGCAAAUACCAUUUAUGGAAGCACAAGUAAAGUGCAUUAUGAUACAGGUUUUCAAAGGCUUGGCAUAUCUUCAUUGCAAAGAGAUUGUCCACAGAGAUGUGAAAGUGUCAAACUUGCUCCUCACAAACCAGGGAACAAUAAAAAUAGCUGAUUUUGGGUUGGCACGUGAACUGGGUUAUCCGAUGUCACCAAUGACCCCUCAGGUUGUCACUCUGUGGUAUCGAGCUCCUGAGCUGCUCUUCCAGGCAAAGACACAGACAACAGGAGUCGACAUGUGGGCAGCUGGAUGCAUCCUUGGGGAACUUCUGCUACAUAAGCCACUGCUCCCAGGGAAGUCGGAAAUAGAACAAAUCAAUCUGAUCAUAAAUCUUUUAGGAACACCAAAUGACAACAUAUGGCCAGACUUUUCACAGUUACCAGCAAUAGAAAAUUUCACUUUGAAACCACAACCAUACAACAAUUUGAAGACCAAAUUUCCCAUGCUGUCUUCAUCAGGGCACCGUCUCCUAAACUUUUUAUUUAUGUAUGAUCCAAAGAGAAGAGCAACAGCAGAAGAAUGUCUGGAGAGUUCCUAUUUCAAAGAGCAUCCUCUUCCAUGUGACCCACGAAUGAUGCCAACCUUCCCCCAGCAUCGCAACCUCAAGCAGCAACAGCAACAACAGGUAGCGCCGAUGCCUCCUGCACAGCUGAAUCUCGGUUACAAUCAGGUGUUUGCUCCUCAAGGGCCGAACUUCGGUCCACCGGAGCACCAUCAUCUGGAUGCUGUUAAUGCACCAAAAAUUGGAAUACAUGAGAUGCUUGGCCCAUUAAGCAGGAAAUAAUAUAUAUAUAUAUAUAUUUUUGUGUGUCACUAUCAGAUAAGGAUAUUUUCAAUUGAUUAUAGAACAAGCAUUGCAAUGGAUACCCCAUAAAUAUUGUUGAUUUUCUAUUAAAAUUUUGUUUUAAUAACCCUAGAGAAAUGAUAGAUAUGUAGCCAUGGAUGACUGUAUGUGUUUGAGUAUUUUUUACAAAUUACUGAAUUUGUAUUUAUAGCCUUGUGUUGAUAGGUGAAUGGUACAAAUACUGUAUUUACUGUAGAGACCCCAUUGUUUCUUUAUCACAUAAACAAGCUAUUCUUUCAGUCUUUUCUUAUAUGUCACUGAAAUUACUAUUGAAGUUAACAUUUCAAAGUAACCACAGUUUUGACUCUCCAUAGGGCUCAUGUCCCUAAAAACAUGUGAGAGUAAUUGUGAUAUUUGAUACAGACUAGAGAAAUUGUGAAUGAGAAUGUCAUUGUUACUAGAUGUAUUUUUUGAUGAAAAUUUAUAAACUAUAUUUAUGGCAAAAUGUCUCUCUUGUCUCUCUGGUUGUGAACAACUUGUUACAGCUCUUAUCACAGUUCUAUAAAUCCAACUGUUCAGCUCAAUUUUUCUGUGCCUGAUUUUAUGCUGUCGCAUAAGGUCUACCUAAAACCAUGCAUCAAUUGGGACCAUGCUAAAAAUUAUAUAUCUGCCAUUAAUUGGAGGAAUAUUUACAAGGCAAA